GCGCACCUUCCAACCGGGGGGGCCCACGUUCCAACGGCGACACUUCCGCAAGCCGCAACCGGAUCCGUUUGACAUGUAAAACGGGGCCCUCGCGCGCACCAGCUCGCUCCCGCGGCGCACGGGGCCGCCAACAUUCUGCAACGCCUCCUACGGGGUUUUUUUUUUCCGCUGCUGCGAGAUCCGGAGAGACGCGGCGCUUUGACAGAGUACGAGCAACGCGAUUUUUCGAAAAUUGGUGGCUCGCGGAAAUAGCGUCGCACCGAACUUUCGUGGACGAUCCGUCGUGCGUGCCUGCGUGGGCGCGCGCGUCUUGGGGGAUUUAACGGGGUUUCGUUUGCAACGUUAACAGGGUUUUGUUUGCAGUUUGUCUCGACUAACUUACCUGCUAGCCGAAGGGCGCGGGGUAGCGCCUACCUUCCUUCGUCGUGCGCGAAAACCCAGUGCAACUGUUGGAUGAACGGCUUGGCAACUAGCCUACUACUGAUGACAUCUGCAUAUUUCGCUGAAACAGAUUCCCCCCUUUUUCCAUCCGGAAACUGUGCUUAGAAUCCGUAUCUUCGUUCUCCCGUGAAAACGAAGCGAGCUAGCUGAAAGUUGGGCUGCUAGCUGUAGCUGUAGCUGUAGCUGUGCGAGGCAGCGUCGGGAAGCUGGCGAGUUGUGCAAGGGUGAGCUUUUACCGAAGGGGCUUUAGGGAGCAGCUCAUGCAAGUGAAAGACGGUGAGGGCUUUUCGUCGACAAACUGCAAAAUUGAGAAGCGCUGAGGAGCAAAGCGCCGAAAUUUAGCAGACGAGGAGACCAAACAAAGAGGUUUUCGAUCCAAAGCGUUUUAUUUCGUUAGGCGAAAAAAAAAAACAACAAAAAAUUGACAUGAUGUUUCCACAAGCCAGACACUCGGCCACGUCUCAGUCCACACAGCAGCUGAAGUUCACGACCUCGGACUCCUGCGACCGCAUCAAAGAUGAAUUCCAGUUCCUUCAAGCACAAUAUCACAGUCUUAAGCUGGAGUGUGAUAAGCUGGCCACAGAGAAAUCUGAGAUGCAGCGUCACUACAUCAUGUACUACGAGAUGUCCUACGGGCUCAACAUCGAAAUGCACAAACAGGCCGAGAUUGUGAAGAGGCUGAACGCUAUCUGUGCCCAAGUGCUGCCCUACCUCUCCCAGGAGCACCAGCAGCAGGUCUUGGGAGCAAUUGAGAGAGCCAAGCAGGUCACUCCACCAGAGAUGAACUCCAUUAUUCGGCAGCAGCUCCAGGCCCACCAGCUCUCCCAGCUGCAAGGGCUGGCCCUGCCCAUGACCCCGCUGCCCCUGGGCCUGACUCCGCCCACCCUGCCGGCUGGCUCCUCCUCCACGGGCCUUUUCUCCCUCUCCAGCAUCCUGGCCUCGCAGGCUCACCUGGCCAAGGAGGAAAAGAGCGCCCGUGAGGCGGCUGUCGCCUCGGCUGCCGCCGUCGCCGCUGACAACCACCGGGGCGACGACGACGGCGACAAAUCCGAUUAGAUCCGUGCCUCCUCUCCGAGACGGGCAGAGAGACCGAGAGGAGCUGGAGAGACACUCCGAGAAGAACGCCACCCUCGCUCAGUUCUCCCCUGUACCUCUCAUCCCUUUUUGGCUCGAACUCUUUGCAUGCUUCAGUUCAAAUCAGUUCGUUUUUUUUUUUUUCUUUUUUUUUUUUCUUUCCUGCAUUUAACUUCCUGUGCCACAUAUUUUUCUGGUCCCCCGUCCCCAUCUUCCGGCUCCACGUUCUAGUUCCUGGGCCGGGCCGUUCACCGUUCCUGUUCGGGUCGGCCAGGAUAUGCGUCCAGAUAACGCUGUUGCUGUCGGAAGCCUCCGUCCGUUCCCCGCCUAAUAAUGUAGGUCAGAAUCGCUUAUGGAUUAGGUGAUGAGUGCAGAUCGUCAGAUCUCCUGAAUUAUGCAUUAGAGGCGUAUGAGGAGUGUUGCGCUAGUUCUCGAUCAUUUGUUUAAUUAAAACAUGACUUUCCUUAGCCUAGCUGAGCUUCUCAUAUUCGCAACGUCACCACUUCCCCUUGGGCCGGCGUGCGUUCCCCGGCGUCUGUCUGCGCAGGCAAGCGGCUUUCCGUCUUCUUUUGCGGUUUGCUCUCUCGCCGUCGGAGCGGGACACGUCUCAACGGCGGGCGGCUAAGCGCUGUGCGGUGGUUCGCUGGGAUGCCCGAUCAUCCUCACAGCUCUGCCUCCCUCCCCCACUCAUGCUCUCGCCGGGAACAGGCAGCUCCUGGCCUACAUGAAACAGAAGCACCCUGCCUCCAGGCUGGUGGUAACUGUGUGGGCAUGCAAAAUUGAUGCAAACUAGCUGGUAUCCGAGAGAAAGUAUACACUCUCUUAUACAAAUUAUCUAUCAACAACGCACUUCCUGCAGAUAUCGUAGCCCAGCGUAUUUGCAUGAAACCUGCACUGCUGUGGUCUAACGCUGUUGGUUAACACGUGGAUAACACAGGCACGUGCUUUGCGUGAACCGUUUCCUGCGUAAAGGGUCAGAAUGUUUGCAUCCACCAUGUUGUCCUAAAAUAAUGGGCCCGGUGAUGUUUAGGGUCCUCGACAUUGCGAAAGUUAUUUGCAUCACUGCUAAAGGCUAAACAGCAUCACUCGGGGUUUGAACGUUUGGAGUAGCAGAAAUGCAGGUCGGCGCUGCAGCUCGGGAGGUCGUCUGUUGUUUCGCUUCUCUUCUCAAAAGGACGGGUCAUUUUGUCAGCUCAGCCCAGUGGCAUCAGUGGAAGGUUUCAAAAAGUACAAAAUAUUUGCUGACUGAGAAUAAGUUGUAUUCAAGAUGGGGUUCACUGAAAAUGGUUAACUGUCGAAUUAACAGUGGUGGUAAUUCUAAUAAGAUGUUUGUAAAGUUUUUUUUCCAUAACAAUUCUCAGCGUGCUUGUCACUCAAUAAAAUGCAAUGCCAGUAAUAAAAUGCUUUCCUAAGCAAACACGUUUAAAGAUGUUGAAAGGUGCUUUGUGCUUUUUCUCUUAAGAAGCUGAUGCACUUCCCAUGGGGCUUAGUUUAGGGUGUUGUGCGCCUCAGCUGUCAGUCGGCUCCAAAUCCGUAACAACCUAACAGUCCUUAUGGACUUUAAAUUCUGAAAAGGCUCCUGAUCAUGAAAUGACAGCCAUCAUCUUUAUAUUAUCACAAUUAUAGUAAAUAGAAUGUUUACAGCUUUAAUUUCGCAGAAAUCCGGGAAAGACUGCGUAUAUUUAUAGGCUACUAAGGAAAAACAGCCUGCGUCAAUUUUCAGCGAACCUCCCCUUUUCGUUUUUUCCUCACUUCACCGCAAGGUGGCAACAUUUCUGCGAGACCACCGAGAGCGUUUUGUCAAAGGAGCGCAAAUUUGCUUUUUAGGCUCGUACUACCUAUGGUUGUAUAUAACGGGUAGUACUUCUUAAAACAGUCGGAACAGAAUAUUUGUACGCCGACUGUGGUAUGACACUUUCUGAGUUAUGAAAAGCAUGUGUGGGUUUGUAUGCUACGUGCUAGGGUUAUGCCUCUUUUAAGUGCUGUAUGUAAUCAAUACAUACUAUUGAUAAGUGUCACGUGUGCAGGAAACGAAUGUGAUGUUCUCAUAUGAGGUUUGUUAGGUAUUUUGUUGGGGUUUUUGGGGUAUAAACUAAGUUGUUUUUGCUCUCGGGUCAGUACAGAGCUAGGACAGUAAUUAUCAACCCCUAAACAAGUAUAGAUUAAUCAUGUACACAACUACUGUGUGUGUUCUGUCAUGGCUAGUUCAAAAUUACAUUUUGUUCCCCAUUUAAAUAAUUUUUGGAGAAUUUAGCUGUGUCACUGUCCAGUUAAGGUCGCUAGUUCGUACAAUUUUAGAAAUGCAAAUUUUUAAUCAAAUUAGAAUAUUCUGUCGUCUUAAUGAGUUUAUUCGUUUGCAUUUUGUGACGUGAAUGCUGACACGUUGUCCUGCAGCAGGGCCUUCACUGUGUUAUGCAGAUUUGUUUCGGGUUUUUCAUUCUGAAUUGUUCAGUCGUUGCUCUUGAUCACAACGAACAGGGCAGUGUCCCGUUAGACAGGCAGUAUAACUCCAACAGGACCUUACUGGAAUUCAUAGAAAAUGAAUAGUAUGUAUGUACGUGUCUGUAUGUGUUUGUUGUGAAGGGCCAAUUUAUAUACAUAUAUAAAUAUAUCAAUAUACGUAUACUUUUGUAAACAUUUUGUAUGUAUAAAGCUACAUUUAUGUGUGGAUGGGUGCGUCCAAGAGGACAGAUGUUGUAGUGUAUGCAGUUUUGACGCGGUGAUAGAUAUAUAUACAUGAUAUACGCACUGCUGUUAAUGAACUUAUUUUAUAAUAGGGCCUUAGUACGUGUGCAUGCUGUUAACCUGUACAGGUACAAAUAGAUAGGCUGCUUACUUAUUUGAACUGACUGUAGUUGUUAGUAGGUUGGCGGUAUUGCCGGAGGAUAAGCCCCCGUCUGGGAGCCCAAGGUGGCUUUUCUUUCUUUCUGUCUGUCUUUUCCUUGGUUGUUGGUUUCGGUCUUACAAAAUAGCAUACGUGAGUGUGUUUUCUGGGUGUUAGAAUGAUUUCCAAAGUGGCCGUGUAGUCGCUCUCCUGAGACCAGGUGCAAAGAUGCCUCACUUUGACUCGAUAUAUGUGUGUGACAAGCCGCAUUCCCAUGACUUGUACGGUCCGUUUUUUGAAUUGGGUAUCAUGAAGUUCACUCGUUCUCGAAUACCCAGCCGCCCAUGCAAGUUACACAGAAUACGGCCAUUUCAAAACCAAACAAAAACACUUUGUAGCCUAUCGGUUAUGUUCAGCCUCUCUCAUUUUGUGAUGUAGGUAAAAAGAUUUUGAGUGUAUACUUGGCAAAAAAAAACGUGUGUUGUGUUCUAAAAAUCAAUAUUACUGCUUUGUUGAAAAAACGUGGGGAAAAGAGAAAGAUAAAUACCUUUUAUCUGUUCAUGAAUGAGAUUCGGCAGUAAGGAAGUAUUUAUGGUGCCUUACAAAUAAAAAGCUUCAGUGUACCUCUGA